AUGUCGAUCGCAAAUACAGCUGGAAAGUACAUGCUCUCUGAUGCGCUGCUUCCAGACCCAAACAGGUCCGGAGCAAAAGGGCUUUACCUGGAGCUGCCGUGCGAUCGCAUCAUGAAGUUUGUCACAGUGGGGCUGCCGCUCUUCUUGGUGUCUCUCAUGUUUGCACAGGAAUUUUCCACCGGAUCCCAGAUCAGCUGCUUCUCUCCUAGCAACUUCACAGCUGAACAGUCUCAUUUUGUUGAUGCCGUGUGUUGGGACUCUUUGCUUCGCUACAAUUCUGAACCAGCAGGAGACGCUACAUCCAAUUCCCUCUGGGUCUUCAAGAUCUUCCCCUAUUCUUUGCUGGUCAUCGCAGUUGCUAUGUACCUGCCUUAUCUGCUGUGGAAAUACGCAGCCGCCCCCUCACUCAACUGCGAUCUGUUCUUCAUCAUCGAUGAACUAGAUAAAUCCUAUAACCGCUCCAUCCGCUUGGUGCAAUACAUGGUGAAGCUCCAGCAAUCGGAAGAGGAUCCAGAGGACUUUUGGGAGGAGCUUGACCUGGCUCGCAGUGAGAGAUACUUUGAGUUCCCUCUCCUGGAGAGGUACUUGACUUGCAAGCAACGUUCCCACUACUUGAUCAUCAUUUAUGUAUUGAGGAACCUCUUCCUCCUUUUUCUUCUGGCUGUCAGCUGCCUCUACUUGGCAUACUGUCACCUGCAGGUCUUUUUUCACGACAAAUUCAGAUGUUCAAUCAAGGCCGGGCUCCUGGGAGAAGACUCUGAUGUUCCAGAUUGGAUUCCUUGCAAGCUGGUUUUCUUCUCCGUUUUCCAAGUUACCAGCAUCUGUCUUGGCUCUGUAUACAUCCUUCUGGGCCCAGUGGUCCUCUACCACCUGCUUCAGCUGUGUCAGUGGGACAAGCGGCUUCUGUCCAUUUAUGAAAUGCUGCCGGCAUUUGAUCUCCUCAGCAAGAAAAUGCUGACUUGCCCGUUCAACGAUCUCAACAUCAUCUUGCUCUUCCUGCGAGCCAACAUCUCGGAGGUCAAAUCUUUCAGUAGACUGAGCGUACUGAGUACUCUCAAGGAUAUUUCACCCAACAAAGAAAGCAUAGACACAGUAGUAGAUUUUAUGACUCUUCUUGGAGGCCUGCAGCUAGCAAAGCCAAAGCAUAAUUCCAGUGCCAACGAGAAUUUGUUCCAUCGUGAGAAUGAAGUUGAAAUGAAACCUGAUCUGAAAGCCAAGGAAAACUGACUCAGGAAUGGAUUCGUUUCUGCACCAAAUAGAAAAAUUCAAACUGGUGAAGAGCACUGAACGCAAAAAAGGACUUUUCCCUAUGUGUACUUUGGGUCAUCUUUAUUUUUUCUUUUUGCUGGACCACUGUUUGUCCAUUAAUACUUUGUUUUCUGCUAUUACAUCCAUGGAUUUCACCCUUAUAAUAAAUAUAAAUGCACCAGUUUUCUAACUGAACCCUAACCUCUGCAUUGUUUUAUAGUCUUAUAAAGCUUCAACACUUCAACACUUCUGGCCCUACAAAUCUCUGCCACUUUCCUUAAGCUUUGGUCGGAUACUUUUAAGAUCU